GUCAAACCUGGACAAUUUCUAAUAGCUGGAUUGUUCGAUGUUCACGAUAAUUACCAUCCUAUUACCAGGAAACUUCAAUCUAUAAAUCCAAGAAGCCUACAGAGAGUACAAUCUAUGAUUUAUGCUAUCGAUGCCAUUAAUAAUAAUUCCAAUUUAUUGCCCAACAUAACCCUAGGGCUAUAUCUAUUCGAUAGCGGGGGUAGUUCACAACUAGCUUUGACCCAUGCUAUAGAUAUGAUACGUAAUGAUUUACAAAAGCCAAAAGCGAACGAAAAAAUGUGCAACUGUAUCAACACUGCUGCAGACUGCAACGCGAUAACAAAUCUAACCGAUAUUCAUAUGAUUCAACAGACUUUCAAUAAAAAGAUCAUAGGUGUUAUUGGUCCUAGAAGUAGCAAAGAGUCUAUAAUUACUGCAACAUUGUUUACUACUUACAAGAUGCCUCAAAUCAGCUACGCUUCUACUAGUCGUACGUUAAGUGAUAAGUCAAGAUUUGGAUCAUUUUUUCGCACCGUACCAUCCGAUACGUAUCAAGCUCAAGCUAUCGUGGAUAUUGUUAAAUAUUUCGGAUGGGACUAUAUUGCAGUCGUAUCAACAAAUGAUCAAUAUGGUAAUCAACUUCGAGCCAAAAUUGUAACUUUAGCAUCUGAAUAUCAAAUAUGUAUUGCAAUCAAUGCACAGUUUCCUUCACAGUUUCAUGAUCAAAUUAUUUCAGAUAUUGUUAACAGAUUGGUUAAUAAUGUUAAAGUUAAAACAAUUAUCUUAAUUUGUUCAGAAGCUGAAGCUAAAGUACUUCUGAAAGAAGCACAAUAUCAAAAUUUAACUGGUAGGAUGUGGCUAGGUUCCGAUGCGUGGGGUAAUUCUCCUGUAAUUGCGCGAACGUAUUCCGAUGUUGUAAUAGGCAUGAUUGGCGUUACAUUACUGCAAUCUAAACAGAAACUAAACAAAUAUCAUGAAUAUUUAAAAACAUUAAAUCUAUGUAAUAAUAAUAUCAACCCAUGGUUUAAUGAAUAUUGGUAUCAAUUUAUGUCAGAUAAUGUUACUGAUUAUUUAAAAUGUGGUCAAAUGAAAAACUUAUCUAAUAAUUACAGUAUUGAAUUUUACUCGAAGUCAAGCCUGGCAGCAUAUGUGAUGGACGGCGUAUAUGCAUUUGCAUAUGCAUUACAUAAAGUCUUGAAAUGUAAUAAUAUUUUCUGUCAUAGUAGGAUUAUCAGACAAGAAGAUUCUUUAUUAUGGCGCGAUGUUACACAAAAUCUUAAAAGAGUUCACUUCAACGGAUACACUACAACCCAAUUUAAAUUUGAUCACAUGGGUAACAGCAGACCUAAAUACGAUAUUUUUCAAUUACAGUUGACAAAAGAUAGUGACAGUAAUAAAGCAGAAAGUAGCAAACACUUAUAUUUUAAAAAAAUAGGAACAUGGGAAAUAAACGAAACUACUAAUUCUUCUUGGUUUAUGAUUUCGGAGAAUAAUUUAUCUCGAGAUCAUGUAGUAUCAUCUCGCUGUAGUAAUGAUUGUCAGCCUGGCACUCGACAAUAUAUCACAACAAGUAAGUGCUGCUGGCAAUGUUUACCUUGCCUUAAACAUCAAAUCUCCAGCAAAAUAAACGCAGAUACUUGCACAAGUUGCAAACGUGGUUCUAAGCCUAAUAAUAAUCAGACGGAUUGUGUUGAAAUCUCACCAACUGAGAGCAAAUUAAUCGAUCCGAUACCACUUGUUGUUCUUAUUACUACUGCAGUGAGCUUUUUACUAACCAUCACUACAUGGCUUAUUAUAUUCAAAAAUCGAUCAACACCAAUCGUAAAGGCUUCUAAUAUCGCUCUAACUUAUACAUUACUCUUUUUCAUCGGCCUGUGCCAUGUCAGCCCGGUUAUGUUUAUUCUACCUAAAGCCUUAGUAGGUUGUCAUUAUAUUUUUCCAGUUAUUCUACUACCACCAGCAAAUCUUAACAUCGUUAUAAUAAAUAAAAUUCGUAUCAUUGUUAAACUAUUCAAGGAUAAAUCAUUUAGUCGACAAGUAAAUUUUUGGAAUAGAGAUAUCGGACAAUUUAUUCUUAUUAUUGGUGAAAUAAUUAUUAUUAAUUCACUAAUCCUGGUGAUCACAGCCUUAGAUCCUGUCAUAAUCGAAAGAUAUGUUACUGAAGAUAAUUUAGUUUAUUUUCGCUGUAAAACUCGAUAUGAACUUGGUGCGUAUCUUUCCAUGGCGAUUUUAUUAAUUAUCACUACAAUAUCUGCAUAUCUCACUUAUAGAGCUCGCCAUAUCCCAGCACGUUUUCAUGAGGCCAAAUAUGUCUCCCUAGCAUCUUUACUCAUCUGCUUUUUUACUUGCAUAUAUAUACCUACUAUUAUAUUUGCUCAUGGUCCAGUACAAAGCACUAUCGGAGCUUUUGGAAUGAUAGGGUUAAUUAUUGGUAUCCUUCUUUGCUUAUUUACUAAUAAGAUUUAUGUUAUACUAUUUGUUCCUCAAGUGAACAAUAGGCAGAGAACUAUAAUG